GAGCGAGAGGAGCUCAUGGUGUUUCUGUUUAAGAACGAAAGAAAAUGGCGUCCUCCAGGCGCCCACCCGUUGCCGUGGACGGCAAGUACGCUGGUCUCCAGGAGGUGGCUCCUGCCGCUCAGAGCUGGAGCUGACCUGAGUUCCUUUGCCAUGCCGCUCCUCGAUGGAGACCUGGACAGCGAGAAGCACCCCUCCCGUAAGGUGGACAGCCCCCUCGGCUCGGGCAGCCCCUCCAGAGGGCUGUUCUCCAGAGGCCCCCCGGCCCGGCCGUCCAGCCCCGUGUCUGCUCCCGUGCGACCCAAGACCAGCCCGGGCUCCCCCAAAACCGUGUUCCCAUUCUCCUACCAGGAGUCCCCGCCCCGCUCGCCACGCCGUAUGAGCUUCAGUGGGAUCUUCCGGUCCUCGUCCAAAGAGUCUUCACCCAACUCCAACCCGUCUACCUCACCCGGGGGCAUCAGGUUCUUCUCCCGCGCCAGAAAAACCUCCAACGUCUCCUCUUCCCCGUCCACGCCCACCCAAGUGACCAAGCAGCACACGUUUCCGCUCGAGUCCUACAAGCAGGAGCCGGAGCGCCUGGAGAACCGCAUCUAUGCCUCCUCGCCGCCAGACACGGGCCAGCGCUUCUGCCUGGCCUUCCAGAGCCCAGCCCGGCCGCCGCUGGCCUCCCCGACGCACCACGCCACGCCCAGAACUCAGAAGACUCAGAAAGUGGCGUUUACAUGCGGUUCAUGAGGUCACACAAGUGCUAUGACAUCGUUCCAACUAGUUCGAAGCUUGUUGUCUUUGAUACUACGUUACAAGUGAAAAAAGCCUUUUUUGCUUUGGUAGCCAACGGUGUCCGGGCAGCGCCACUGUGGGAGAGUAAAAAGCAGAGUUUUGUAGGAAUGCUGACAAUCACCGAUUUCAUAAAUAUACUGCAUAGAUACUAUAAAUCACCCAUGGUGCAGAUUUAUGAAUUAGAGGAACAUAAGAUUGAAACGUGGAGGGAGCUGUAUUUACAAGAAACAUUUAAGCCUUUAGUGAAUAUAUCUCCAGAUGCAAGCCUCUUCGAUGCUGUACACUCGUUGAUCAAAAAUAAAAUCCACAGAUUGCCAGUCAUUGACCCUAUCAGUGGGAAUGCACUUUAUAUCCUUACCCACAAAAGAAUCCUCAAGUUCCUCCAGCUUUUUAUGUCCGACAUGCCAAAGCCCGCCUUCAUGAAGCAGAACCUGCAGGAGCUGGGGAUAGGAACCUACCGCAACAUUGCCUUCAUCCACCCGGACACGCCCAUCAUCAAAGCCCUGAACAUAUUCGUGGAGAGACGGAUAUCGGCGCUGCCCGUGGUGGACGAGUCAGGAAAAGUUGUAGAUAUUUAUUCCAAAUUUGAUGUAAUUAAUCUUGCUGCUGAGAAAACCUACAACAACCUGGACAUCACAGUGACGCAGGCUCUGCAGCACCGGUCGCAGUAUUUCGAGGGCGUCGUGAAGUGCAGUAAGCUGGAGACACUGGAGACCAUCGUGGACAGGAUAGUGAGGGCCGAGGUCCAUCGGCUGGUGGUGGUAAAUGAGGCCGACAGUAUCGUGGGCAUCAUUUCUCUGUCCGACAUCCUGCAAGCCCUGAUCCUCACACCAGCAGGUGCCACGCCAAAGGAGACGGAAACAGAAUGACCCCAUGAAUGUCCCGCCUUCGCAGGAGAGCUUGACGUCCCGGCUCACAUUUGCCUCACGAACACCCGCUGUGACAGAGGAGAGGAAAACGGCUCAGAAUGUGUGUCAGGGUUUAGCGAUGGGUAUUUUUUUCCAGUGAUGUAAGCAUAAAAAAAAAUGAUUUUCUGUGCUCGAAGAUGCAAGCUUGCGUUGAGAGACUGUUCUCAAACCUGCGUCUGAAGGGCUCAAAUGCUGUCUGUCAUUAAAGUGCACUGUGUCCUGAAGGUCUCCUCACUUUUCAUUUCAAAGAACGCACUGGUUCGGGCCAGGUGGUGCGACCCGGGGGAGUGCACGACACUCAGACCCGGUGCCUCGUGUCCGCCCCCCGCGUGAGCGCCCGCGAGGCCGAGCUGCGCGUGGAGAAGCCUCUGACCGCGCCGGACUUGCGAGGGGUCGCAGGCCAGAUAUAAAUAAUCACUUCGCAACGUCAGUGACACUUUCCUGUUUGAAGUGUUCUUCUUCUGAGCUACCAUGUGAACGAGGCUGCUUGACAACAGCUCUAUUUAUUUUUAUUUCCGUGCAGGGGUUUUUUUAUGUCGUGUUUUUUUUUUUUUUUAAGCGUAUCUUUUGAUGGGGAAACUUCACCGCGUCCAUUAAUAAACUCCUGGUUGCUGUUUGAAAAUGGCCAACUUCUCAUAAUUUAAGGGACGUGGCAGGAGAUGAUUUCUAAAAGAGCAACCAUGGGGUUCUUAGAAGCAAGUGUGGAAAAGGGGAACCAAGUGCCGGAGAUGUUUGGGUUGUUUUGUUUUGUUUUGUGUUUUGUUUUGGUAAAAUCAUGACGUUCCCAGGACCGCUGAAGAGAUUGUACAUCGUUGUGUGCGCACAGUACUGUCAUGCCGUUGAAGGAAUCCAGGGUUUCCUCUGGUGAGUGCUUGGCAAAUGUUGACACUGUAUAAAUACGGGGAGAGUUUGAGAUUUUUGUUUUUUGAAUUUUUUUGAGAUUGAAAAAUUAAAAUAAAUCCUACUAUCGAC